AUGGCCGCUGGAGGCGAGCAGCAGCAGGCUCACCGAGCCGGAAUCUAUAAACAGAAAAAUAAACUACACAAACAUGGAAAACAUCGAACGAAGGGGGAGAUCGGGCGAGAGAAUAAAGGCAGAGUUGCUGUGGUGACCCUAACCAAAAAACAGAGGAGAGAGUUAAGGAAGAUGGAUCGCAGGCACAAAGCAAACCAACUCCGCCGAAACAAGAAGGACUCGGUGCUGACAGAGAAGCGACGCCUUGGCAGUAGGGAUGGACCCCCACACCUGGUGGCUGUUAUAUCACUUCAUGCGGGAGUUGAUGCCGGUGCUGUGACACGCCUGCUCAGAGGUGAAGGGGCUGGUGGGUUAGUGCACGAAGAACAAGGAGUCAGUGGCGCUAAAGACAGUUUUGGUCUGGUCGUACCUCGUUUCAAACAGAGAUUCAUUUUCUGCCGACCUGACACGGCUGACCUCCACUCGGUCUUGGACGUGGCGAAGGUGGCAGACAGCCUGGUGUUUGUACUGGAAUCUACAGAGGGCUGGGACAGUUAUGGAGACUACUGCCUCUCCUGUCUAUUUGCACAGGGCCUGCCAAGCUUUGCGCUGGUUUGUCAGGGAAUAUCAGAUCUGGCGGUAAAGAAGCGAGCAGAGUCACGACGCGUGCUGUCACGUGCGGUGGAGGGACGUUUCCCAGAGUCACGGCUCUUCCCUCUGGACACGGAACAGGACGUCACGUUGCUCCUGAGGCACCUGGGAUCCCAGAAACAGACGAGACUGGCGUUCCGCUCCCGCCGUUCACACGUGCUGGGCCAACGCGUCUCUUACGUUCCCGAUGCCGCUCAGAACGGGACCGGGACGCCUGGUACGGGAUUAGGGACUCUGCGUAUCUCGGGGUACGUGCGAGGGCGGCCUUUGCAGGUCAACAGGCUGGUGCAUAUUGUUGGCCACGGGGACUUUCAGUUAAGCCAGAUUGACGCACCCGCAGACCCACUGCCCAUCAGCUCUGGUGCCCCGCACCCUGCCAAGCCAGGCAAAGGAGGAGACGUGGAAAUGAUGGAUGGAGGUAUGGAUGGAGAUGGGGAUGGAGAAGUGCGGGUGCUGAUGACGGCAGAUCCCUCUCAGAGGGAGAGCCUGCAGGCGGAGGCAGAGGUGGAUCCCAUGGAUGGAGAGCAAACCUGGCCAACCGAGUCUGAGCUGCAGGAGGCAGAAGAGGCGAGAAAAAACAAGAGACUGAUGAAGGUGCCAAAGGGAACAUCUGAUUACCAGGCCACUUGGAUCGUUGAUGAUGGGGAAGAGGCCGAUGAUCAGGAGGAACCGGACAGCUGUGACGAUGAUGAGGAUGAUGUUGAAGACAUGAUGGAGGAUGUCGACGGAGAAAAAGACUCACAGGAUGCUGGGUCUGGCAGUGACUCUGGAGAAGAGGAUGAAGAGGUGGAGGAAGAGGAGGAGAUUAGCACCACAGCAGGGGGCGGAGCUGAAGAGAAAUACGACGAAGGCAUGGACGAAGCUGAAGAGAGCGAGGGGCUCAAACGCUACAGGGAAGCACGUGCCGAUGAAAUGUUCCCUGACGAAGUGGACACGCCUUUAGACGUAGCUGCUAGGAUCAGGUUUCAGCGCUACAGGGGGCUGAAGAGUUUCCGCACCUCCCCGUGGGACCCCAUGGAAAACCUGCCUCUCAACUACUCCAGAAUUUUCCAGUUCCAAAACUUUGAACGCACGCGACGGCGCGUACUGGCCGAAGCAUCCGAGGAAGAGGAGGGGGCUAUGGUGGGCUGGUACGUGACCGUGCAUGUUCUGGGCGUCCCGCCCUCGGUGGUGGAGAGCUUCCAGGCCGGCAAACCCCUGGUUCUCGUUUCUCUGCUACCACACGAGCAAAAGAUGUCGGUUAUGAACAUGCUUGUGAGACGGCAUCCCAGUACCACGGAGCCCAUUAAGUCUAAAGAGGAACUGAUUUUCCAGUGCGGCUUCAGACGCUUCCGAGCCUCACCCAUCUUCUCCCAGCACACAUCCGCCGACAAGCAUAAGAUGGAGCGUUUCCUCCGAGCGGACGCGCCAACCGUCAUGUCUGUGUACGCUCCCAUCGCCUUCCCCACGACGGGCGUCCUGGUCUUCAAACAGAGAGAGAACGGCAUGCAGGACCUGGUGGCCACGGGCAGUCUGCUGAACUGUGACCCCCAGCGUGUCGUGCUGAAGAGAAUCGUCCUGAGCGGACACCCCUUCAAGAUCAACCGCCGCUCCGCCGUGGUCCGAUACAUGUUCUUCAACAGGGAUGACAUCCUGUGGUUUAAACCAGUAGAGUUGCGCACAAAGUGGGGACGAAGAGGACACAUCAAAGAGGCUUUAGGUACUCACGGACACAUGAAGUGUGUGUUUGACAAUCAGCUGAGGUCCCAGGACACGGUGCUGAUGAACCUGUAUAAGAGAGUGUAUCCCCGCUGGACCUACGACCCUCACGUUCCCCUUGCCCUGCCCUGGGUGAAGAGAGAGGAGCCGAAAGCUGUCAAUGACAUUGACAUGGAAUAGAUUAAGGAAGGGAGUAAACUUCAGUCGAAAUGAUCAAAGGCACAAGAGGAUAUCAGACAUGGAUGUCGCCUGCCUGUAACUGA